ACACACCUAAUCUGCUAUGCAUAAGACACAGCCAGUUACUUAGCUCUAUGACAGACCUACACUGUCAUCCGAUCCUUCCCUUUGUUGAAUUUGCUCUGUGCCAUGGUCGUAGAUAAACGGCGUAUGCCUGCAAGAAAACAAUGGUGGCUUUUCUUCUACUCUUGUAUUGCCGUCUGUUCGCUUACCUGGUAUUGUUUCAAGAGGACCGAGUGGCAAUCUCUGAACAAAUAUCCCUGCAAGGCAGCGCGAAGUGAUGUGAUGAUGCUGACCCCGUGGCUCGCGCCAAUUGUAUGGAACGGCACGUACAACAUUGAUGUUUUGAAUGAACAGUUCCAUAAGAAAGGGGUACGCAUUGGCCUUACUGUGUUUGCCAUUAAAAAAUACACAGUCUUCCUCAAAAAGUUUAUUGAGACAGCGGAAGAAUUCUUCAUGGUGGGGCAUCCUGUCAACUAUUACGUAUUCACAGAUCGUGUGAAAGUUGUUAAUGAAUCAAGUUUUAGCCUCAAGAAUGAAAGAAAGCUGAUAAUUCUAGAGGUUCCCAGCUAUGAAAGGUGGCAAGAUGUUUCCAUGAGACGCAUGGAGAUGAUACGUGACUUGUCCCAAAACCAAUUCAUCAACGAGGUUGACUACUUAGUUUGUCUAGAUGUGGACAUGAUGUUCGCUGAUGAUGUUGGUGUGGAAAUCCUAGGUGAUUUGUUUGGGACUUUACAUCCUGGUCUUUAUGGAUCAUCUCGUGAAGGUUUUACGUAUGAGCGGAAUCCACAGUCUGAAGCUUAUAUUCCUACUGACCAGGGGGACUUCUACUAUGCAGGAGGAUAUUUUGGGGGUAAAAUAGAAGAAGUCUAUAAAUUGACAAAUUUCAGUCAUAAUGCAAUGUUGAGAGACAAGGAAAAUAAUAUUGAAGCUGUCUGGCAUGACGAGAGCUAUUUAAAUAAAUAUUUACUUCAUUACAAACCAACUAAGAUCCUCUCUCCUGAAUAUCUAUGGGACAAUAGUUUUGGUGUUCCUGCCUUCCUUAAAAGAAGAAGAUUUGUUGCAGUUCCGAAGAACCACGAUGAAAUUCGAAGCAACCCAAAACACACUUCAAAAACAUUUUCUCACCACUUAAAAGUUGACUAAUUGCUCAUUUUGGUAGUGAUGGAGGACUCAAAGAACUGUUACAAGCACAAUGAAAAACAUCCCAAAAUAAGGACCAAUUGGGAUCAAAUGACAAUGAUAGCUUUUAAAGCAAAUGUUUUUAAGGUUCAUUUCUAUACAGAGAAAUAAUAUUUAUUUUUUUUGGGGGGGGGUGGGGAGCAUUUUUGGAAAAUGUUACUGUAAAUGUAUUUAUUAUUUCCCAACUGGGGAUAUUUUCCAAGCAUCAGGCCAAUAGUGCACUACAGACUCUAGAUCUAUGGAUUAAACAGAUAGCUGCGAUGAAUUGA